AACCUAGAAUAAGUUUACAAUCUUCCCUUUGUCAAGGAACCCUUUUCUACAGAAGUUUCUGUUCUUGGGGAAGAACCCAGCUCCAGCAGUCCAUGCUGAGGACUCUGGCAGCACUCUAAGUUCCCUCAGCAAAGGAAAUCGAGGGACCAGACUCCAAGAGCCUCCAUGAUGCCACUUGGCAUCCUUGGCUAUGCAGGAGCCCACUGUGCCAAGGGCAGGCAUCGAGGUCUUGAGGCUAUUCUCCUGGUUUAAUGUCCCCUUCUGGGACUAGAGAUGGUGAAACCAACCUUAAAAUAUUGCAGAUUUCAAUGUGGCUCUAUUAUACAGAUAAGACAAGUCUAUCACUUGUGCCACAAAAGACUUACCCCGGGGAUUGACGAAUCCUGAACUGGAUGAGAUGAGGUCACGUGCAGGAGGUCAGAGCAGCACCAACUUGCCUGAAGAGCUUCUUUUUUCACUUUUGUUAGAAAUACCGAGGUGCCACAAGAAAUCACACACGCGUUCAAAAGUGUACAACCCAGACAGCUGCAGUCUCCUGCUUCAUGUUUCCUCCAGGACCAAAAAAUUUUGUGACCUCAUUCUUAUAAUAUUUCAAAUAAUUUCUUGGCCAUACUCCCAAGCAUGGCUUUCAAGGUGUCCCAACUUGGGCUGAUUAGCCUUUCCCCCAUGCCUCCUGCUGCCUAUACUCAGCCACACUUGCCUGAGUGUGGCCAUCCACAGCAGCACAAAGCCAACAGCAUACACAGACACAAAUAAUUUUAAGGAACAAGACCCUUUAGGAAUGAAUUCCUCAAGUCUCCGAUCUCUGUCUUAGUGCAUUUGUGCUGCUAUGACAAAAUACCUUAGUAAUUUUUAAAUACUAAAAAUUUAGAGUCUGGGAAAUCCAAGAUCAAGAUGACAGCAAGUUCAGUGUCUCAUGGAGGCCUGGUCUCCUCUUCAAGAUGGCCUUGAAUUUUGUCCUCACAUGCAGAAGGGAUGGGAGGGCAAAGAACCAAUGCCCUCUGAAGCCUCUUUUAUAAGCAUAACAAUCCAUUCACACAGCAGAGCUCUUCUGGCCUAAUGGCCCCUGAAAGGCCCUCCAGUUUGACACUUGCUUUGGGGGUUGCUUUGGGGGUUACGUUGCAAUGUUUAUUUAGGAGGGGACACAAACAUUCAAUCCACAGCAAGCCCUAGGAGAGACCAUCCUAUCCCCAGGAGGGAUGGCUGUCAUGCAGGGUUUAAGGUCUGACUUUGAGAAGCACAGACUUUGGCCAGAGCUAGCAAAGUGGGAAGGACUGCCAGCUCCAUCUUCUCUGCUGGUCAGAACACAGCUGUGCAUGGAUCUUGGAGAUGUCCAAGCUCCUCACGAGCACCACUUCCCUUCCCAGUGUCACAGGUGUUGCCGUGCUGCUGAAUUAUCAAGUGUGAGACAAACAGAUCCCCUGGCACUUAGUCCCCUUCCCCCUAAAGCCCCUGUCCUGGGUCCCGGUGAGGGUUCCUGGGCUGCAGAGCCAUAAGAGCAACACAGAAGGGUGCAGGGGGCUAGGAAGGUUCCCACUUAGGAAACCCAGGCUCCACCCGUCUCAAAGCUCCACAGAGAUUCCUUAAGAUUUAGUCUCAGGAGAUUCCUUAAAAAUUAGUCUCACUCCACCAAAAAGUUCCAUGCAAUUUAGAACAAAAUCCAAACAGCUCCCUUGCCACACAGGUCUUUCCCCUGGACCAUCCCCUGCUCUCCUUCCCUCCCCUCCCUUCACUCAGGUCCAGCCACGCUGUCUCCUUCCUUCUUGUGUGCUACGGAAUUGCCCAGCUGGUUCCUGUGCAGGGCCUUUGCUCCUGCCCCUUGCCUACAAUGCAACCUUCAAGCCUCUGUGCCCAGAUCUCAUCUUCUCACGAUGCCUUCUGCCCUCCCGGAUAUUACUUCAGAAGUUCUUAUCCAGAUAUGGCUGGUCGGAGGGGCCUUCAGCCUGGGGUCCCAGCCCCAAGGAGCCAGCAGCAGCCCCUGUGGGCCCCACCCUGGCCGAAGCUGUGCGCAGGUUCCAGAGAGUGAAUGCGCUGCCAGCCAGUGGGAAGCUGGAUGCAGCUACCCUGGAGGCCAUGAACAGGCCUCGCUGUGGUGUCCCUGACACCCGGCUGCCAGCCCUGUCGACCCCUUCAGACCCACGGCCCAGGGCCCGAUCAAAGCGAUUCCUACAAAUGCUGCUACCCAGGCCAGGUGGGCAGCAGGAGGACUCCUCAGACAGUGGGGCCCUGAGGGCCUUCUCCAAAAAGACCCUGACCUGGAGACUGGUGGGCGAGGCCUACAGCAGCCAGCUCUCUGUGGACGAGCAGAGAUACAUCUUCAGACUGGCCUUCAGGAUGUGGAGUGAGGUGACACCGCUGGACUUCCGGGAGGAUCUCACUGCUCCUGGGGCCACAGUGGACAUAAAACUGGGUUUUGGGAGAGGCCGGCACCUGGGCUGUCCUCGGGUGUUUGAUGGGAGCGGACAGGAGUUCGCACAUGCCUGGCACCUGGGCGAUAUUCACUUUGAUGAUGAUGAGCACUUCACACCACCCACGAGUGACACAGGCAUCAGCCUUCUCAAAGUGGCUGUCCAUGAAAUUGGCCAUGUCCUCGGCCUGCCUCACACCUACAGGAUGGGAUCCAUAAUGCAACCAAAUUACAUUCCCCAGAAACCUGCGUUUGAGCUGGACUGGUCAGAUAGAAAAGCAAUCCAGAGACUGUAUGGUUCAUGUGAAGGAUCAUUUGAUACUGCAUUUGACUGGAUUCGAAAAGAGAGAAACCAAUAUGGUGAGGUGAUGGUGAGGUUCAGCACCUAUUUCUUCCGCAACAGCUGGUACUGGCUUUAUGAAAAUCGAAACAACAGGACCCGCUAUGGGGAUCCUCUUCCAAUCCUCACUGGCUGGCACGGAAUCCCAGCACGAAAGAUAGAUGCGUUCGUCCACAUCUGGACAUGGAGAAGAGACGAACGUUAUUUUUUUAAAGGAAAUCAAUACUGGAGAUAUGACAGUGACAAGGACCAGGCCCACACAGAUGAAGAAGGAAGAAGCUACCCCAAACUGAUUUCAGAAGGGUUUCCUGGCAUCCCCAGUCCCCUGGACACUGCCUUUUAUGACAGAAGGCAACAGCUAAUUUACUUCUUCAAGGUGUCCUUUGUAUUUGCAUUUGAUGUCAACAGAAACCAAGUACUGAAUUCUUAUCCAAAGAAGAUUACUGAAGUUUUUCCAGCAAUAAGACCACACAACCAUCCCUUUAGAAAUAUAGAUUCAGCUUACUAUUCCUAUGCACAUGGCUCCAUUUUCUUUUUCAAAGGCAAUGCCUAUUGGAAAGUAGUUAAUGACAAAGACAAACAACAGAAUUCCUGGCUUCCUUCUAAUGGUGUAUUUCCAAAAAGGUCUAUUUCAGAGAAGUGGUUUGAUGUUUGUGAUGUCCACACCUCCACACUGGACAUGUAAUGAGGAAAACUCAAACAGGGUAAGAUUUUUUUCGAAGAGAAAAAGUCUGACUUCUUUUACAAAGAAGUGAAUAUAGCUCCCCAAGUUAAAAUCAAUGGGAAAAAAAAAAAACAAAACUUGCUUAAACUUUUAAAAUAUUUGGUUUUAAGAUCAAUUGCUCAGGCAAAACCAAUCAACUGCCAAAUAAUUUUAUUAACUUUUCAGAAAAUCUCCCCCCCACACACAAACAAGCACCCUGAGGCAGCCUCACAUUUGCUUUCGGUUCUGCGUGGAACUCUGCAGCUGCACCCCAACAAUGCACCCAGCCCUGCUGCACGGGGAUGGGGAGGCUGCCAGUGCCAUGGCGUAAGUGUAUGCUUACUGCACUUAAAACAAUGUGAUGGGAAAAGCCACAGAAUUUGAAUUAAGUACCAGCUGCAGUGGUACAUGCCUGUAAUCCCAGCAGCUCAGGAGGCUGAGGCAGGAGGAUCUCGAGUUCAAAGCCAGCUUCAGCAACUUAGUGAGGCCCUGUCUUAAAAUAAAAAUCUAAAAAGGGGCUGACGAUGUGGCUUAAUGGCUAAGCACCCCUGGGUUCAAUCCCCAGUAACAAAAAACCCCAUAUAUAUAUUAUAUAUGUAGGUACAUACAUAUGUAUGUACAUACAUACACACACAUAUACAUAUACCCACACACACACACACACACACACACCCCUCGUCAUAAUGAUAGGUGAAAGUAUAUGAAAGGUUUUCACAUGUCUGUCUUGAUCUUCCUGCAAGGCAGGACAGACACAGUGAAUGUUUCCAGCCUGAGAUGCUGAAGUUCACUUGUUAAACCUGUGAUGGCCUCUGGCCCUGACACCAGCUGUGCUGUUUGCACACAUAGGCCUGCAUCUCAUUGGUCCUGAACAGAGGAGCUUUUGUCUUGCUGAAAUUCAUUUGGUGUUCUACUUUCCCUGCAGAGCAACAAACACUUGUGUGAUAGUCAGACCACCAAAAUAGAGCUCUGGGAGCUAGUUGGAUAGUUUUAUUUUCUCCAUAUCAGUUAUAUUUAGGACAGGCAUGAUGUUCCUUCAAGUUUAAUAUGCAUAAUAUGAUAUUUUUUGGUGGUACUGGAGAUGGAACCCAGACCUCAUGCAUGCUGGGCAUGAGCUCUGUCAGUGAGCCACAUAUCUCCAGCCCUGGCUGUUAAUUCUUAACACACACCACACACACACAGGGAAAAGGAAAAAAAAAGGAAGAAAACCAUAAUCCCAUAUGUAAUGAUGUGGGCAAAAUUUGGCAAUGAAAUUAACUGAAAGAUGCAGUAGCCUCAGUGACCAGGACACAAAUAACCACAUUUCUCCUAAUGGAACAUUUAAAACAGAGGCACUGUAAGAAGCUUUAAAUUAAACCCAGCAAAUUACAAAUAUAUUUAAAAAGGAAUUUUUUAUUCCCUCUGUAGAAAUCUUCAUGUCAUUGUUUUGACAAAAGAAGACAGAAUUUAUAUUUUCUUGCUUAAAAACAAUUUUCCUCUCAACUAAAAGUCUGUUUAGCUAAGGGGAAAGGAUAGGAGACAAGAAAAGUAACCCUAACAUCCCUAACUCCAGCUCGUUCUACCCAAGAAGGAAAAUCCUUUUUGAAUCCAUGAACCCAGAGGGCGAUAUAACCACUGGAGGUGCCCCGGGCUAAAGAGCAGAGGGAAGCAACACUGUUCUGUGUGGACUCCAGCUGCCAGGGAAAGAGAAUGAAGCCCUGCCAGAAGGAGACACUGCUGAUUUGGAGCAAAUGCUUUAACCACUUAGGCAAAACUUUAAAUGCUUCAAUGAUUAACUUUUGUAAACUGAUGCAAAUCUGUCCCAAGAAUGAUGUAAGUCAAAGAACUAGACAAAUGGUAAAAGAGUUCUGCCAAGCUGAUAGGUGUCAAUUCAUUUUCCAUGAAAACACUCAGGAUUCUCUAUGUAAGGAACAAGCAGUUUGUGAAAAUUUAGCUUGAAACCAGUUUACUCCAGACAACUUUGUGGUGGAGCUUGGAUUCUUUCAGGUGUGGUUGGUGUGGAGGGGCUGCUGGUCAACACAGAGGAACUGCACAAUGAAACCAACCAUCCCUGGGCCUGAAGGGGCAGGUGACAUCCAUUCCUGCCACUGAGCCCAGCCAGCAGGCUUGUCAUAACCACAGUCAGUGGCACAGGGGCCCAGACUCUCACCACCACAUGAAAGAAUCCGACUCCCACGUUACACCAUUUCUUGAAAUUGAGUAUUGAUCAUAAGGGACAAGUACAGCCUUGUAUACACUGGAGGCUUUGUUGGGCGGGGAAGUGUAUGUAUGCAAUCAGACAAGACCCACACACAGCAAGGAGUAAGUGAAAUAUUCCAGUGAAAACUGAGUGGAUGGCAAAGUUUUACUUUUAACGUUAUGAUCUUUAUUUUGUAAUUAUUAAACUGAGUUCAAAUCACAAUUUAAUGUGAGGAAUGAAAAAAUGGAAAAUAAGAUAUUUUAAAUAAAUAGUUUAUUCAAAAUAGUUUUGUUUUUUACCUUAU